AAGUCACUGCCGGCCUUUAGCCGAUGUUGCCUUUACGGAACAUUCCGUCACAAGCGUUGAACCUGCUUCUCAACCCGCCAACCAUAUUCUUAGGUCAAGGAAAUUACAAGCAACGACGUACUCGGGCAUUUAAUUAAGACACAAGAAAAGACACAAGAAAACAACGAGUUAAACCCGAAUUGGCACAUGAUACUUAUUUUUGAAAUGUGGCUAUCAUCAAGUGCGUGGCAGUUUGUAUACGGCCGAACGUUCAGAUGAUCCAAGGAAUCUUUUACGCAAGGUUCCUUCCUCAAGAAGGAACCAAGAUCGUAGCUCAAUCCCCACCAGGAUGUAUCGUGGCAACUACAUAUACGCCGCAUCUCAAGCCGCCCCUGGUCGACUUCGAUAUAAUCCAGGAGUACAUCAUUCCGCGGAAAGCUUUCUUCAACCGGUUCAUGACGGUAAACUCACCAGAUAAUAAAUACAGCAUCCUGCUAUUUCCAGUCUCCAUUCCUAAUGAGAGAUACCAUCGUAACGAGUUCAUAUUCAACUUCGGGCUAGUCAUAGAAUCAGAUGUAGACCAUAUCCCAUACGAGAAGCUAGUGAGGCGUCUAGCAGUAACCUUCGCCGAGAUGGAGCGUCAACACGGGUAUCUAAGCUCAGAGGGGCGGGUAGACGAUGGCAGACGGCCUAUCGAGAGCUUACUAGAGAUCGUAAAGGAAGACCUCAACAACUACGGGGAGUGCAUGAUUCCCGUCGACGACGCUAAUACCCUCAAUAUGAAGCUUUUCCCCUACCACCCACCUCCCGCCCCUGUUCGCGGCUGGCAUGUGCCCGUACCCAAGAUGAAACUCACCGACAUCGUCGACCCUACGUGGGACUUGACGCUACAGAAGAUCAUCCCUUACGUUGAUGGUGUCAACGACGUGCGCCGCAUCGCGUGGCUAGCUGACGUAUCGUUACCGCUCACCCAGAUCGCGCUACAGCACCUUUUAUAUUAUGACACUAUUCUCCUCUUAGACAUGUUCUUCUUUGGCAGCUGUUAUGCGCCAAGACCCGGCGUGCACGACUUUAUCGUAAACAGGGACGGUAUCGUCGAUGAGUGCGCCGGGUAUGUAUGCGUUAGCAAUCCCCUUACCGGUAGCAGUAGCACUGCCAAAGCGUCUUCUACUACUGGCACGACCGAGGACGGGAACGAUACCGCAACAAAUGCUGAUGGAGGACGGCAACAGCAACAGCAACAGCCGGUAUCCCACUACCAAUUAGUGAAGCUGAUGACCACGUUUUGCGCAGGGCGCAGUGUCAUGGAGUGGAUCAAGCUGCACCAGGAUGCAGGAUUCGACGUUCUUCGACACGUAGACGUGCGGCGGCUAGUUCAAUUCGGGGUGAUCAAGGGGCUAUUAUACCGGGUGCACAAGUACGUCGUGUCAAAGCAGUGUCUUGAGGCUCUGGCGACAGGGAGGCGCGUAUUAUCAAGAAGUGACGAUGGUGAGGAGGACACAUUGCUGCGGUACGCCGAUGGCUGCCACUCCUUCGACCAGAUCAUCACCGAACAGAACAUGACGGAUGGCGAGAUCAUGAGGAAGCUGAGAAGUCUCGAACCGGGAGAUCGCACCGUGUUCUACAGGUAGUGGAUUUACGAAAGCAGAAGUGAUUGUGAAGAAAUAACUGAAUGAAUAAUUUACGAUGGGGGCAAAUAGGUUAUUCGACAGAGCACAGCUCCAAGACCGAUUCUAUACUUCUCUCUACUGGGCAUAUGGCUACUCGCUCACCAGAGCAACUAAGAAGCGAAUCAAACAGACAUAUUUUGCUAGGCUGGCAGCAUGAUGGACAACCAUGUUGGAAUCGCAUAGUAGCUACAGCAUUUUUCUAAUAAAUUUGUCCAUCUAGGCAAGUAGGGAAUGUCCAAGGCUAAUUCGGCAUGAGCACCACAGUAACUGCCCCAAGCAUUAAAUAUCUAUUAUCCCAGAUCACGAAAGGCAAUGAGACUUUAAGGGCCACCCCAGGAAUACGGCCAAUAUACAAUACAAGAUGCUGGAAACAAUAGAAUAAGGGACGAGCUUUGAUAUUGGUAUAAGCUACCAACUUUACAGAGGGUGAAAGACUACCACGACUCUUUGUAGGGAAUAAUUUAACAGAGUAGAUUGUCAGUAUAUAUGCCUACCCAUCCCUGGUUAAUGCUAUUGAACUCUAGAAUAUUACCUAUUUAG